GACGCUGUAUUGGCCACAAAAGGAAGUCCUACACCAUACUAAUAAAUUAUUGUGGUCUAAACCCAGGUGUUUCAGUUUCAUUGUCCAACCCCUGUAUAUGCCUGCUUGUAUGUGCAGGAUCACGGGGGUGGGGGGUGCCUUUAUCCAGGAGUACCUGUCCAGGGUCUACCCCACUCCAUCAUACGACUAAACAGAGACAAAUGGGACAAACAGCCAUCUUAUAUUUGUGGAUUUUGGGAGGAAGCCGGAGUACCCAGAGAGAAGCCAAACAUGCAUGGGAGAACAUGCAAACCCCAUGCAGGAAGAUUCCAGGUGGGAUUUGAACCUAGGAUCUUCUUGCUGCAAGGCAACAGUGCUAACAAUAAUUUAUACACCGAGUAGUGUCAAAAGAAGAGUUCCAAUAAAAGAUAAGCAAUGGAUUUAAAGACUUACAGGAAAAUGUAAUUAUUACAUAAAAUGUAAAAUGCUAAUUUAGAACAUAUGGGUACUUAUGCAGUGCUGAAAUGUUACUUCUAGCUACAGAAAGCAGUUGUGUUUUUAUUCCUGAUUAAAAUGAGCAACCAGUUUCUACACACCUCAGGUUUUUAUGGUUGGUUUCAGACAAUGAUGAACUGUGAGACCAUACAGUCUUUAAAGCAAGACUUUAAAAUCUAUCUACAAAUCUGCAGCUGUUAUGGAGGAAUUGGUGUAAUAUUCACUCACUUCUGUAAAUACAUUAAUUAUGGUUGACUGAUUUCUUAUUUAAGCCAAAUUUUUAGCUGCAUCGCUGUAAUUUUGUUUAAAUAGCUCUCUGGAUGGGGCACUGUGGUGGCGCAGGAGGCUUCAGUCCUCGACGCAGCUGUCACGAGUUUGACUCCCGGCAUAAGUGACCUUUGCUGCAUGUCUUUUUUCCCUCUCUCCAACCCUUUCCUGUCAGAUUACUGUUGAAAAAAAUUUGAAAAGUAAAGGCCACUAGUGUCACACAAAAACAUUUUAAAAAAGCCCUCUGCAUAACUGCUACUGUUACUAUAAGAGACCUGGCAGUAAAAAGGUUUAAAUCUUUAAACUCUAAAGAGGAAAGUCUUGAAGGAUUUAAUACAGUACAUGUUGGCGACACGUACUUAAUCAGUCUUACUUCUGAAGUUCACCUUUGUUUUUGUUUUUUUGCACUCUUGCUCUAGCUUUAAAUUUUUCAAUUCCUCUCCGGUUAACUGCAAUAAUCCUGUAUUAACGUCUACGGUGUAUGUUUUGUUGCAUGGCUGAGUCAAAGCAUAUUAUUAAAGGCUAAAUUUGGCUUAUAUUAACUGUUUUUUUAGCUGUCAGGACAAAAUGUAGAAGUUGUUUUCACAACAGUCAUUUUCUGUUCCAACUCAAAGGACCUUGCAUGUCACAGGAAACAGACUGAACCAAGUUGUCAUUUUGCAAAUGAAAUGCCACCAUCAUGUCACAGAAUGACAACCAAAGAGCCUGGCACGCGGACGCUACUUUUCUCAAAUCCAGGAGGGGAAUAAUGAAAGUGGCAGAGAUGGUGACCCUGUUUGUUGCAUUUGUGUGUUUCGCUGUUGCCUCCAGUCCAAAGUACCUUGCAGCCACAGCAUUGGAGUUUCUAAUCACUUUACUUCUGCUGCUUUUAUACCUACUGAAACUCAACAAGAGGAUCACUUUCCUCUUUUGGCCUAUCGUUGAUGUUUUUAAUUCAGUGUUUGCAGCAGUCUAUCUCAUUGUCUUGAGCCUGAUGGCGUUGACUUCAUACUCUGUCACAGGAAACCUGGUUGGAGGGGUGGUGUGCCUAAUGUCAGCUGGACUUGUGUUUGUGGACAGCUACAUACUUUUCAAGAACAUCACAUUCAACAAAUUAAGAAAGGAAACACAGAAUCAAAUUAAUGAAUAAAAACUGCAUAGUUAUUGAAAAAGCAUUAAAGGAGGCUGCAAACCUCACCUGCUGAAGAGUUUAUCUGUAUUGUAUUUGAGACCAUUUCAUUCUUCUCAAUAUUUCUGCUGCUUUUGUCUUCAUAAUACCAAUACAAGCCCUUUUUGUGGAAUGGUUACAAUAAGUGAAAUGUUUUUCAGAAUAAGUCUUUAAUAAAGCACAUAAUAUAUCA